AUGGACAACAUCCCUCAAUCCUGUCCUAACACUCCUGAGUCCAGUCCGCUUAUGGAGGGUGACUCCAAUUAUGGCACUUCUAUAAGUACAGUCGACGUGCCAGGCCAUCGGGAUGCCCAGGACGGGUUUCCGAAGCAGAAGUUUACUCCGAACAAUGAUAGGCCUGUCACGCCUUUGCCUAAGAGACUGAUGUCAAACUGUGGUGCUCCAGGGCCCUUCAAUCCUCCCGGGGCACCUCUACGCGGUGUUGCAAACGUUCCGCCACAUUUCUCUCGCCCAAUGCUUCUGCCAAGCCCUCUCCUUGAUGACAAGCCACGGCAGGCAAUAGGGUUGUUCGAACCACAAAUCUCCCGACGAAAUGCUGUCGCGCGUAUGAUGCCGCUUCCUUACAGUCAACAUUGCUUGGGGGACAGCAAUAAGAUUUAUGAUGAACUCGCCCAUUGGUACUACCAAUUUCGCCUCCAGAUGUGGUCCCCAGUGGCAUGCAUGAUGGGUAUAAGCUGGGAGGAGGCGGAAGAGCUUGGAUGGCGAAUGGGCAAAGCUGAGAUUGACCAACGGGUGUUCAUAUCUCCCCAUGUUUCGCGUAUGGACUGGCGAAACAAUGUGAUUACAAAGAUGUAG